GAAUCUGCUUUAUCAAGCCUGAAGUCUUUAAAUAAGACGGAUGUGACAGAGGUGAGAGCUCUACAGCGGCCGCCACCUGGUGUCAAACUUGUCAUGGAGGCCACCUGUAUCAUGAAGGGAAUCAAACCCAAGAAAGUGGCUGGAGAUUUACCAGGGCAAAAAAUUGAUGACUACUGGGAAGUUGGCAAGGGCCAGCUACAAGACCCACAGAAGUUUUUGGACAGUCUCUUUAAUUAUGACAAGGACAACAUUCCUCCAGAGGUCAUCAAGAAAAUUGAGCCAUACGCUGUCAACCCAAACUUCACACCUGAAGCUAUCUCCAAAGUAUCUAAGGCUUGCACCUCCAUUUGCCAGUGGGUACUGGCUAUGUAUAAGUACCACUUUGUGGCAAUAAACGUGGCCCCAAAAAGGAAGAAACUCAAACAGGCAAUGGAGGAACUAGAAGUGACAGAGAAGAUGCUGUUCACAGCAAAGAAAAAGCUUUAUGAUGUUGAAGCAGGCGUGGCCAAGCUUCAGAGGCAGUACAAUGAAAGUAUGGCCAAGAAACAGCACCUGGAGGACAAAUGUAAACUGUGCAUGGCCCGGCUGGAUCGAGCUGACAAGCUCAUAAAUAGCUUGGCAGAUGAAAAAGACAGAUGGGGUGACUCUAUAAAGAACUAUGAGAGACUGAUCACUUUUGUUCCUGGGAAUGUUCUCAUAUCAGCCGCCUUUGUUGCCUACCUUGGACCUUUCACUGCUGACUAUCGGGCAAAGAUGGUUAGUGACUGGAGCAGAAGCCUACCUGACCACCAUGUUCCAUCCUCCCGGGAUCCGAACUUCCUGAACAUAAUGAGUGAUCCUGUGAAACUCAGGAGCUGGCAGAUCUUUGGUUUGCCAGCAGACGCCUACUCUGCCGAGAACGGGGUCAUUGUUAGCCUGUCCAGACGUUGGCCUCUGUUUAUUGAUCCUCAGGGUCAAGCCAACAAGUGGAUUAAGAAUAUGGAAGCUGCAAAUGAGCUUGAUGUGGUGAAACAGUCCAGUAGAGAUUAUAUUCGGGCUCUGGAAAAUGCCAUCAGGUUUGGGAAGCCUUGCCUGAUGGAAAAUGUAGGCUCUGACCUAGAUCCUUCCUUGGAACCUAUUCUGUUGCGACAGACAUUCAAACAACAAGGAACCGUUGUGAUUAAAAUCGGAGACAAUCUGGUACCCUACCACAAGGAUUUCAAGUUCUACUUGACCAGCAAACUGCCCAAUCCUCAUUACACUCCAGAGGUAUCAACGAAGGUUACACUCAUCAACUUUACCCUGUCACCCAGUGGACUCCAGGAUCAGCUGUUGGGGAUUGUUGUGGCAGAAGAACGCCCAGAUUUGGAGGACUCCAAGAAUCAGCUGAUCAUUAAAAUUGAAGAUAAAAUUCUGUACUUGCUGAGUGCUUCUCAAGGCAGUCCAGUCGAUGAUAUUGAGCUGAUUGAGACACUAGAUGCCUCCAAAGUCACGGCUCAAGAGAUACAGGCAAAGGUCAAAGCCUCUGAAGUGACAGAAAAGAUCAUUGAUGAGACCAGAAGCCAGUACAUCCCUGUUGCAAUCAAUUCACAAAUCCUGUUCUUCUGUGUGGCUGACAUGGCCAAGAUAGACCCCAUGUACCAGUACUCCUUAGAGUGGUUUGUCACCAUCUUCCUGAGCUCUAUAGCGCAGGCAGAGAGGGCAGAAAGCCUGACUGAAAGAGUGUCUCACAUCAAUGAAGCCUUCACAUAUAAUUUAUUUGUCAAUGUGUGCCGCAGUUUGUUUGAAAAGCACAGGCUUCUCUUUGGUUUACUCAUGUGUGUUCGUAAAGAGAUGGAGAAAGGAACAAUUGAUAUGAAUGAAUGGCGCUGGCUGAUAGCAGGCGGUACUCACAUUCCCAAGGAGCUGCCGAACCCGGCACCAGACUGGUUGUCCGUGCGAUCUUGGAAUGACAUCCUCACCGUGGCUGCACUGCCUGCCUUUAGCGAGUUUGCAGAAGACUUUCCGAAUCACCUUGAAUUCUUUCAGGCGAUGUUUGAUAGCUCUGAUCCUCAGGAUAUGACUCUUCCAGGAAAGUGGGCAGAAAAGCUGGAUGAAUUUCAGUUCAUUUUGGUUCUGAAGGCGCUUCGUCCUGACAAAGUCACCAAUGCUAUGCAGAUACUGGUGGCCAACAAGCUAGGGCAGAAGUUUAUAGAGCCUCAGACGACCGAUCUGGCAUUUGUCUUUAAAGAUUCAUCCACAACUUGUCCACUGGUGUUUGUGCUGUCUACGGGGACAGACCCGGCCGGCUCUCUCUACCAGUUUGCAGAGACCAUGAGGUUUUCAAAAAGGCUGAAUGCAAUUUCUCUAGGACAAGGCCAGGGUCCCAGAGCAGAGGGUCUAAUGAGGCUGGCAAUGGACAAAGGAGGUUGGGUAUUUUUCCAGAACUGUCAUUUAGCCCCCAGUUGGAUGCCGACACUAGAGAGACUGGUGGAGACAAUUGACCCAGAAACUGUUCACAAAGACUUUCGCCUGUGGUUGACCAGCAUGCCAAGUUCCAUCUUCCCUGUGUACAUCCUCCAGAACAGCUCCAAGAUGACAGUGGAGCCUCCAAAGGGCAUCAAAGCCAAUUUACUGAGGUCUUAUUUAGGCUUCAGUGACAAGUUCUUUAAACAGUGUCCAGGGAAGGUAAGAAUCUUCAAGCACCUCUUACUGUCAAUAUGCUUUUUCCAUGCUGUCGUGUUGGAACGAAGGAAAUUUGGUGCCCUUGGUUUCAACAUCCCCUAUGAGUUCACGGACGGGGAUCUGAAAAUUUGCAUUGAUCAGCUGAGCAUGUUCCUGCAGGAGUAUAAUGACACACCAUUUAAAGUGUUGCUGUACACAGCAGGCCACAUUAACUACGGAGGUCGUGUGACCGAUGACUGGGACCGCCGCUGUUUGAUGAAUAUCCUCGGUGACUUCUACAAUGUUAAGGUCAUCAGCAGCUAUUUCGUGUACUCAGAGUCGGGCAUUUACCGUCAGCUGGGGGCAGAGUCUGAUUUAGCGAUGUAUCUGGAAUACAUCCGAGGUCUGCCCAUCAAUGACAAGCCGGAGAUCUUUGGUCUGCAUGACAAUGCCAAUAUCACAUUUGCUCAGAAUGAAACAUCUCAGUUGUUGAACUACCUUGUGGAGCUGCAGCCAAAGACGGCCUCUGCUGGAGGCAUGUCACGUGAAGAGGUUGUGGAGAAGACUUCAAAAUCCAUCCUAGAGAAAGUCCCUAAAACCAUUGAUAUGAAAAUGUUGAUGACCAAGUAUCCAGUAAAAUAUGAGCAGUCGAUGAACACAGUGCUGGCUCAAGAGGUCAUCAG